UGGAAUAGUUGGAAAACGUUUAGUUAAAGCUGCUUACGACUGUGGUGAUCUGAACGAUCAAGAAAAAAAAAGAAUAUUGCAGCAAUGUAUAAAACAGUGCUUUCGUGGUGUAUUCAUGCAACGAUCAGGUGUUGAUCUAAAAAUUCUCAAAACUCUACUGAAGCUGCAGAGGAGACUUGAUGUUACAGCAUAUCAGCAAUUUAUGUGGUUAUGCUUGUUACCGAACACUCUGAAAGAGAAAUGGGCCUUGCUUGCAUCAGUAAUACCUGCACUGAAACAAGAGGAGAUAUGUAUAAGUAUUGAGAAUACGUUGAUGUCAGUCCUGUGGAGAGCUCAAGUGCGUCAUUCUAGUGGCUCUGUGACGUCUGACUGUUUGCUUGCGUGGUUCAUUAAUGAUAACUGUGAUCGUCAAAGCUGUGCUCGGUUUCUGGCAAACUGCUUGGUGUCUUCCAGUCGAAUGCGCCGCUUAAAUUGCUCACGAUUUUGGCUGGCGAAAUUGAACACUAAUAUGAAGUCUAAAUUGAUAAUGAAAGAAACUGCUGGGAUCAUCUUGCAAAUGAUCUCGGCAGAAAAUCGAUCUUUCGAACAGAUCAACGAGGACUAUCAUCUUACUGAAGAGGAAAUGUGUGGUUUGAUAUACAUGGAUUAUUUCUGGAAUCCGGAAAGGGAAGAAAGAGUUUGGAUGCGCUACGAUCGGCUUUUAUAUGGAUGGAUUUCCGUCCAGAAAUUUUUCAUUCGUCCGCUGGAAAGCUAUGAAAUUAACUUAUUACACAAAUGUCUGAUUUCAUAUCAUCCAUUAUUACGUCUAGAUGCACUUGAAUUAUCGAACAAACUGAUGAAUAAGAAACUGUUGCACUGGUCUCAUCAAUUCGGAACUGUCAAAUCCUUCGUGCUGCAAAACUUGGGCAUCACUGAUGCUAAUUUCUGCACUACACUCUUGCAGUUGGUGCGUAUGUCGGAUGCAAAAACACGUAAGCGUCUGGAAACAGCUUUACUUGAAGAGCUUGAUAGUAUCUGGAAUGAUCGAGAUCGAUCGUGUCAAAUUACAUUUAUUUUGGAACUUCUUAAACAGUGCGGUUUCAAUAGAUGGUUGUCUGAUACACAGUUGUUGGAUUCGAUUUUUAACAGUGACAUUACAGAGAUAAGGAUAAAACUACUGAUGUGUUUAUCGAUUGCGGAAUUUGAUUCUCAGUUUUUUCUAACCAAUAAAUUUGUGGAGAUGCUCAGUAAUGAUAGCAUAGAUGGUUUGAGUUGCCUUGUAAAAAUAAUGUUGCGAUUUAAAAAGCCGAAGGAAAUUCUAGAUUUAAUAAAGGAAUCUAAACGCAAAGAUUCAAACAGUGUAAAAAUUGCGCUUACUUCACUGAUAGAGAAUUUCGCUACUCAAUCCGUUCUUGAUCCAUCUUUCUGGAUGAACGUUUGUAUUAAAUCCAACGUUGAUUUGAUUUCAUCCAGUGGCAGUGAACAUUGCGGGCAAUGUGCAUCACUUCCUGAACUUUACAGAAGGCUGUAUCCUUCAGUUACUCCAACGCUGAUGGUAAGCAAUAAGCAGCGUAGAGCAGUCGAUAAGUAUUAUCAUACCUUAAGGGUAAACUGCGAAAUGCUGGCAUCUUUAUGCGAAACGAUAGGAACGAAGAAUAUUAUUACAGAUGCAUGCGAAUCGGUAUGGAAUGUAUUGAUGCGAAGCCGUCAUAAAGGUGUGGUCGGUGAUUGUGCCAUCUGUUUUAGCAGAAUAAUUGCUUGUUGUAUGAUGAACGGUUUACGUGAUGUAGUAUGCCAAUAUCUGGAAAAAACGAGCAGGUUGUCCAUGGAUCUUGAAUGUACAACACGUAAUUUGGCAUUUUGCUUGGUGUUUAAGAUAUUCCAUGAAAUAUUGGGUACGAGUAACAGCGUUAUUGACUUUUUGCUUGGAAAUGUUCGCGCAUGCACACCGUUGACAGCUGUACGAUUAAUGAAAAUACUGAAGACUUUUUUAUGUAUGGCAAGUUUUGAUGUGACUUAUUGUGCUGUAAAAGUUUUUAAAUUAGUAUUGGAUUUCUAUCGAACAGGUAACAGUAUGGUACGAAAUGCAGCAUGCCAUUGCUAUGCUGCAUUGGUUCAUAAACUCAUAGAUGACACAGAGUAUGGGAUUCCUCUGUUCAUGUUUGUUUUACGAUAUGACUUAUUGUGGGAUGAAUAUUGCCAACAGCUGGAACGGACAACAAUACACGAUCCAGCUUUGAUACUAUUACUUUCUUUGCUUGAGAAAUUACGCUUUGUGAGCGGAUCAUUUUAUACCAUAGCUCAAUUAAAGCAUCUACAAUCUAUGGUGGUAAGCAAACUCGUUUCUUUACUCGUGGUGAGUCCUAAUCUGCGAAUCAAUCGUUUACUAGUAUCUUCUUUGUUGCAUUUGAUACCAUGCAAAAGAAGACUAAUAGCUCGAUUGAAAACGAUCAUGGAACAUAAACUGUCAUUGAAUACUAAGAAUUCUCUGAGCUAUGCUCUUUCAGAAUUAGAGGCAAUGGAAUUCCUGGACUCGCCUUCCGAUUCAUUUCAUACUUUCUCUUCACACUCCACUGUUUUGCUGCCCAGUUUGAUUCAGCAAACUCACAAAAUGUUCACUGAUAGCCGUUUUGUUUCUUCUGAACAUUUUGGAGUUUUACUUACGGAAAUUGAAAAGCAUGCUUAUUCAUCAAAAGAAUUGUGGCGAUUGCAUGCGGCGCAUGCUUUAGUGAUGCUUUCACGUACUUUGUGCACUGCACUGAUUCAUUUUCGUUCCUAUCGAUACAGGUUUAUAUCUUGUUGUCGUUCGCUUUUAUUGGAUGAAGUCGAUUGUAUUAAGCGCGUUACAUUCAACGCUGUUAAUGCAUGUGGCGAUGGAACUACGUUAUCUUAUUCGUGGAAUCCAGCUCUAAAGUUCAAGGUUAAAAGAACAAAGGAAAUUCGGAAGACGCGCACGACCUUUCAGAAAGGCAACGAACUGCAAAGAUCUGUUGCUUCUGAACGGUCGAGCUAG